AUGAGCACACAUUUCGCAACAUCUACAGCCACCUCUUCAUCCGCGUCGUCUCCCAAAUUCUUGCCAGGCGACAGACUGCCCCCACCGCACCACCACGGAUACAAUGGCCUUUUGCCGCUGCCAGAAGACGCGGCAUUCAGCCAUGCACUCAAAUACUUGAAUUUUGGCACUCCUCCUGACUCGUACCCUGGCAGCGCGCCUAAUGGCACCAUCGGGCCCUUUACCAUCAGACCUACCAUCCCACAUUAUGAAUCACCCUACGCUAGGAGCAACGCCUCCACAGCGCCCGGGUCGCCGAGAAUCCCUCCACUGAGGCAGAACUCGGGCAGCCAUACUCCGCGCGUUCGACCACAUGCAACCUCGCUCAACAUCCCGGGCAUGACCCGGUCUAAGGUCUCACCUGACGGACGAAUUCCCGACCGAGAUGUCGCUUCCAAGUUGGUGAUCAUCAUGGUUGGACUGCCUGCACGUGGCAAGUCUUACAUCACCAAGAAGCUACAGCGCUACCUCUCAUGGCAACAACACAACACUCGUAUCUUCAAUGUGGGCCAUCGGAGACGUAUCGCUGCCAGCAUGGUGCCUGGGUCUUCCGGGUCACAAUCUGAGCUGUCCGAAGACCGCCAAGAGGAUCCUGACGAGCGACAGUGUAACGGCCAUGCGGAUGCACCCUUGCAACAGGCUGCUUCAAUUCUUCUGAAUGGCAUACCGUCGGGUCCAAAUGCCGAACCUACAACUCUUGAUCUCAAUAUCUCCGAGCAAAGCUCUGACUUGGAUGUCUGUCCGACGAUUGCUGUCGGUGAUGAGGCUGCGCAGCGCAAACAACAGGCACGAGUGGACCAGACAGCGGAAUUUUUUGAUCCGAAAAACGAAUCUGCUUCUAAGCUGCGCGAGCAAGUCGCACUCGAUACUCUCGACGACCUCCUUGAUUACCUACUGCAUCAUAACGGCGCUGUCGGAAUUCUCGAUGCCACCAACAGCACUCUGCAUCGCCGCAAGAUUCUCGUCGAUCGCAUCAAGGAGCGUGAACCCAAGCUUGGCAUUCUCUUUGUGGAGAGUAUUUGCACAGACCAGAACCUGCUCGAAGCCAACAUGCGACUCAAGCUCUCUGGCCCAGACUACAAGAACAAGGACCCUGCCAAGUCUCUUGAAGAUUUCAAAGCCCGGGUCAAGGCUUAUGAGAGCGCGUACGAGCCACUUGGCGAGUAUGAGGAAAAACACGACCUCCAGUAUAUUCAGAUUGUUGACGUGGGCCGAAAGAUAAUCAACCAUCGUUUGGCGGGUUUCCUCAGCAGCGGUAUUGCCUCUUACCUCACGACGUUCAACCUCUCCCCAAGACAGAUCUGGAUCACAAGACACGGGCAGAGCACGGACAAUGUGGCCGGCAAGCUCGGCGGCGAUUCUGACCUAACGGAACGUGGCCACUACUAUGGUUUGGCGCUGUACAACUUCAUCACGGCAAAGCGCAAGGAGUGGGCAGUGGAGCAGGAAAGUAAGCUUGCGCAGGCCUCUUUCCCACCACAGCCUGGCGACCACACACCUCCGUACCCGGAGCUGAAUCAAGUCUUUGACGAGAAAAACUUCUGUGUGUGGACGUCGAUGCUCAGGCGGAGCGUGGAGACGGCAGAAUACUUUGAUGCAGAUGAUGACUACGAUACAAAGGCUUGGGAGAUACUUAACGAGCUCAAUGCGGGAACGUUUGAGGGCAUGACCUACGAGGAAAUCGCGCUCAAGCAGCCAGAAGAGUAUGCGAAGCGGCGUCGGGACAAGCUGCAAUACAUCUACCCGGGCGUUGGCGGAGAAGGCUAUUUGCAGGUUAUCAACCGGCUCCGCGACAUGGUACGGGAGAUUGAGCGGGUGACAGACCAUGUGUUGAUCAUCAGCCACCGGUCUGUGUGCCGUGUUCUGAUGGCAUACUUUAUGGAUCUGACGAGGGACGAUAUUGCGGAGCUGGACGUGCCGCUGGGCAUGCUGUUUGCCAUCCACCCCAAGCCAUACGGUAUGGAGUUCCACGCCUACCGUUACAACGAAGCACAGGGCUGGUUUGAUGAGGUGCGCGACUACAAGCCUCAGAAGACACAGGACCAGAACAAUUGA